AUGAACUAUGGCACUACGAUUCGUAAAUUAACUCAACCCCAUCUUUCCAUUAACAAUAUGUUUCCACCGAUCAAUGCUCAUUCGAGGCCUCCGUCAGAAGAUUUGCAUGGUGUUAGCAGCGGUGGAGUAGCAGACAUUCAUUCGGCUUCAAAACAUCAACAAAUUCGACGACAGCAGCUGACAGUGGAUCAGCAACGGCGCAGUCCAUUGCGAAGUAAAUCAUCGCUGUCAACAACAGCAUCAACGAAAACUAGAUAUGUAAAGGCACCGACUGCUGUUGCUGUUCCAAUGCCUUCACCUCUUGCUCGGCCAUUAAAAAUUCUACGAGCCGGAACCCCAUCAACAGUUGAACCAAUUAAAAUCAUUUAUCGAUCGAGUGAUUAUUCUUGGAAUGAUCAUUUGAAUAAUGGAAAUGUUUCUAAUCAAGCAUUACGCACUGCUAGUCCAAUGAAAUCGAAAUUCUCCGCAUCGGCUCGUCAAUUAGCUAAUGGAAUUUUACAUGAAACCACAAGCAAUUCAAUUGCUCAUCCUUCAGCAUCAUCAUCAUCACCCAAUGGCCAUUACCAACAGCAACAACAACAAGUAAAAGAGGAUACAAACAAUGGCGAUUUACAUUUAUCAUCAGCAGCCAAAUCUCUUCGUACAUCAAGACUUCAACGUACGAAUAGCCAUUUAGAUAAAACUCCAGGAUUGAAUGCAUUUGGUUUACCUGCCCGAAGUGAAAGUUAUCGUUCAUCGCGUCUUGAUUAUGGUGUACGCUCACGUAAUACAUCAUCAAAACAACGAACUUAUGUUAAUUCGAAAACGUCAUUUCAUGAAAUCAAUGCAGGAGAUCUUCCUAUCAAUGGUACACAAGAUGAAAAUGCAUUUUAUCAUCAACAACCAUUGAAUAUCUUGAGUAGUACACAACGUCUAAAUGGCUCAACAUUUGAUUUAACAGCUAGUCGUAAAGUACUUUCGCCAAAUAAAUCAAAUACAUUUAAUUAUCCAGCUAAUGGAACAGGUGGUCAUCAUCCUUAUUAUAACUCAACACAAGAACUUCAUCGAAGUGAAACAACCAAUGAAAAAAAUAAUGCUACACGAUUUCCUGCGCGUAAUACGCUAUCAAAAGAACCACUUAUAACAUCACAAAAGUUUCGACAGACAUCAAGUAUACAAACAACGACAACACCAGCCGGAGGAGCCAUAACAGCAACAACAACGAGCAUUCCAGCUGUAAUACAAACAGGUGAAAGACAUCCAUCGGCUCAAACAUUUAAAUCUCGCGAUCCCAAUAUAUCAUAUGCCUAUACAGAUGUUAAAAAGUAUAUUGACGAAAAUGAUUUAAUGUCAUCAGAAAAAGAACAAAUUAUACGCAACUGGAUUGUCGAUGUUGAGAAACAUCGACAUCAACAACAGAAAAUUGAUUGA